CUCUAUGCGGUGAGAUGGCGUCGGAGCUGGCCAUGAGCGCGGCGGACUUGCCCACCAGCCCGCUGGCCAUCGAGUACGUCAACGACUUCGACCUGAUGAAGUUCGAGGUGAAGAAGGAGCCGGCCGAGGCGGAGCGCUUCUGCCACCGCCUGCCGCCGCCGGGCUCGCUCUCCUCGACGCCCAUCAGCACGCCCUGCUCAUCCGUGCCGUCGUCGCCCAGUUUCUGCGCGCCCAGCCCCGGAGGGCAGCCGCCGACGGGCCUCGCCCACCCGGGGGGCGGCGGCGGGGGCGGCGGAGGCAACCCCGGAGGGGCGUCGGGCAAGGCGCAACUGGAAGAUCUCUACUGGAUGUCCAACUACCAGCACCACCUGAACCCAGAGGCGCUGAACCUGACGCCCGAGGAUGCCGUCGAGGCGCUCAUCGGGCACCACCACCAUCACCACCACCACCAGGGCGGCUACGAGGGCUUCCGGGGGGGCCAGCCGUUCCCCGGCGAAGAGUUGGCCCCGUCGGGCCACCACCACCCUCACCACCACCACCCGGGGCACCAUCACCACCACCCCGGGAGCGGGCACCACCCCCAUCACCACCACCUGCGCCUGGAGGACCGUUUCUCCGACGACCAGCUGGUGUCCAUGUCGGUGCGCGAGCUGAACCGGCAGCUGCGCGGCUUCAGCAAGGAGGAGGUGAUCCGCCUCAAGCAGAAGCGGCGGACCCUCAAGAACCGCGGCUACGCGCAGUCGUGCCGCUACAAGCGCGUCCAGCAACGGCACAUCUUGGAGAACGAGAAGUGCCAGCUGCAGGGCCAGGUGGAGCAGCUCAAGCAGGAGGUCUCCCGCCUCGCCAAGGAGCGGGACCUCUACAAGGAGAAGUAUGAGAAGCUGGCCGGGCGCACCUUCGCCGCCGCCGCCGCCAGGGACCCGUCGCCCGCCCAGGGGGGACCUGCGCCGGGCAAGCCGCCCUCCGCCGACUUCUUCAUGUGA